CCAGUGCAAUACUCUUUCUUAGUUUCUUUUUGCACCCCGUCUCUCUUUCCUUUUAUUUUGAGCAGGCUGUUCUCUGACGUUUCACGACCAACGCCGAGUGUGAAGAAACACACCCGUCGAUGAACUAGUCGGGAAGAGAGAGAGGUAGAGAAAAGGCAGGGGAAGAGUUAAAGACACGGUAGCAGCGCGUAGACCUGAACUGGGGGGGGGAGGUGGUCAGUCUCUGUUUCGCUCAAACCUACAAACGGCUCAGAAUUCAGGGAAAAAAAGAAUGCAAACUGAUCGCCCCUUGCCAGACUGCAGAAUCAGGAAAGUUUGUGCUGUUUUCUGCAAACCAGAACAUGCAUCUUUAAGAAGCAACUGAAGGCAUCCUUACUUAUCCAUUUAUUUAUUGUCUUCCCAAAAUCUGCUGGGCUCGGGACUGAGUGUUGGGAAACUCCCCUUCAACAAGCUGGCGGCAAGCUCGAAGGAAAACCCAGCGGCAGAACAACAUUGAACUUUCUCCCAAUGCGGAGGAUUCAUCCGAAUGGGAGACUCUCUCUGGUGAAUUAAGUGGAAAGAGGAUUAAUAAAGUAGAUCUUUGAAUCCUGGCUUUGCGGAUCUUGCCACACGAGAUUUGGUGAUUGUGGUGUUUUGCUGCAGUACUUCAGGCCAACAGAUCGUGGUGUGGACAGGACUGUUUUUGAACCUUCAGCUGGUGAGAGGACUAAUGUAUGACCUCAGUUAACCAUCAGUGGUUUCAGACGUGAUCCUCUCCAAGUGCCUUCAAUACGUUAAUACUUCAUCCAAGCUGAAGCAUCAUUAUGUUGAUGAAAGAGUACAGGAUCUGCAUGCCUCUCACUGUGGAAGAGUACAGAAUAGGACAACUGUACACCAUCAGCAAACACAGUCACGAGCAGAGCGAUAAAGGCGAGGGGGUGGAGGUGGUAAAGAACGAACCCCACGAGGACCCUGUACACGGAAAAGGACAGUUCACGGAAAAGAGGGUCCACUUGUCCAGCAAACUCCCAGGCUGGGCAAGGGCUGUGGUACCCCGAAUAUUUUACAUCACAGAAAAGGCAUGGAACUACUAUCCUUAUACCAUCACAGAAUACACUUGUUCCUUUUUGCCGAAAUUCUCCAUUUACAUUGAGACAAAAUAUGAAGACAACAACGGCUGCAAUGAUCAUAUUUUCGACUCAGACAAAAACCACACGGAUCACGAGGUGUGUUUCCUGGACAUCGCUUAUGACGAGAUUCCGGACCGUUACUACAAGAGUUCAGAGGACCUCCGAUAUUUUGCGUCGGUGAAGACUGGACGGGGUCCGCUGAAGGAGGGUUGGAGGGAUGACCCCUCACCCGUCAUGUGCUCAUACAAACAAGUGACAGUCAAGUUCGAAGUCUGGGGUUUGCAGACAAGAGUGGAGCAGUUUGUUCAGAAGGUUAUCAGGGAUAUCUUAUUAAUAGGCCAUCGGCAAGCCUUCGCCUGGGUUGAUGAAUGGUGUGAUAUGACAAUGGACGAGGUUCGGCAAUAUGAGAAGCAAACGCAGGAAGCGACAAACAAGAAGAUCGGAAUUAUGGCCCCCACUAUCUCCGUCAGUGAAGCUGCCCAGCCUCCAGCUACCCGCAGUGCCCCUGCCAGUGCGCCGUCCACACCGCUCAGCGGAGACCCGCCCGAUUUCCUCACUGUGCCAAAGGACAGACCGCGGAAGAAGUCUGCCCCAGAAAUGCUGACACUGCCAGAGCUCAGAGAGCGUUCAUCCAAUAAGUAAUGCCACCUCCAUGCCAACCUGGAGGUUCCGUUCCUGUGAAUUUCCAGUUAUUGAAUUCAUCUAACGCUACUUAACUGAGAAAACUAAAAAAAAGCCAUCUGUUAAGGGGUUCUCUAAAGCUUUAGCCUGUAAAGAUGUUGGGCAGUGAUCUUUACAACAGCAAGCCUGCAUUAAUACUGACUGGCCAUUAAGAUUUGCAUUCUGAAUUUGAGAUAAGGAUUUCAGAUGAGGCUAUGUUCUUUAACAGUAUUUUACUACACUCUCUUUAUCAUUCCUUGUUAGGACUCUUAGGCAGACUCAGGACUUAGUGUUAGCAUGAUUGAUAGUGUACGCUGUCACAUAAAUGCAUUUCAGUUUAUAAUCUAGCCAUCAAUGUUAGAAAGGAGAAAGAUGGAGUGAACCAACAUCUUGCUGCUCUAAAGUGAUUCACUCACGGUGCAAACUUACUCCUUGUCUGUAAGCAUUAAGGAAAGCAGAAUUACGUUUCUCUUGCUAAAAGAAUGAUACAUCAUGCCACACACCCAAUGAAUCAAAGUCACAAGUUAGCUACAGCAUGAUAUUCCGAGUUGGUUAUUAAACAUCUGAUUUUAUUGUUACUUCACUUUCCAAAGGUAUUUGCAGUAAAGCCAUUUCAUUACUGUAUAUGACAAACUUCUCUUCCCACGCACAUCUUCUUGCUGUAUAAAAGCUUCAGUCUUCUUGAAGGUUACGUUAUGUUCCCAUAUCUGGGCAAGCAUCUCUGACAUCCCAUGGGAAAGGUUUCGGUGAUGUUUGACUUGGUUCUCACUCACCUGGCCAUCCACUUCUCACUUUGCAUUUUGAAUCUUGUUUUAGUGGCUGCCUCCAAUUGCACCAUUCAAACCGAUAUUUUCCUUUCUGCGAUGGAAUAAACCUCAUUGCAAUUGAUUUCUAACUGGAAUUCUUUUUUUUUCCAAGAAUUGUAAAACUCUGCACCUCCCUCAGGCUUCCCUUCUAUCUAAAAUCAUGAAUGCCUUUAAAAUCUACCUGAUAACAGGAACCAAGUUUCUCACCAACUGCACCCAACCUCCAGUCACAGGUCAACCUCUCCGGGAAUUAAGUAAUGUCAAUAGGUAUUGGGGUGGAAUAUGCAAUUGGUUUGAGUCAGCUGAAAGGAGUAGGUUUGUGGUUGUUGGAGACCAAUCUCCUGUCUUCAUUUUUCAUUCAGUGUGCAUUUUACAGCUGUGGUGGCCCACGCUUUGUAGCAUGCAAGUGAACUAAGCCAGUCGUGCUAUCUCUCAAGAACUUGUAGUCACUCCACUUUGCAUAACAUUCCAAAUAUGGCAGCUCCUGAGUCACCAUCACUUGCAUCACACAGAAUGGAAACAUGACCAGAAGAGAGCAACAGUGGAACUUGAAGGGGAUUUCUGUUCGACCUGACUGAAACAGUACUGUUGAGCUAUCUGUUUUCCAUGAGGAGACCUGCAGCUAGGUUAACUGCUUCAUCCCAGCACCUGGAUUACGAUUUUUCAUCAUUUAGAGUUGAUGGACCAAUAAACUGGUUGCACGGUCAAUAUUGCUGUUAAUGCAGUGCAGUAAUCCACAUUGCUCGCCCAGACUUCACAUUUAAGUGAUCAAAGUAUUCUCCUUAUUAAAAUUAAUUGGUUAUUGUUUGGGUCAGAAGUAGCAUGAUUGCUUUUGUUUGUAAUGUUAAUUUGCGAUAUUUCUAUAAAGUCUUUGAAAAACACAAUUAACUUGAAUUUUCCCCAGACGGCAGAGCCUGUACAGUAACUGUGGGAAGUUACCAAGUGCUGGUUCAGGACCUUCCUUCACAAAGGCAAGAAACUCCAGCUUUUCUCACCAAACGGAGACAAUCCUAUGUAAUUGGUCUAACAAAUCGUGAUGUCAGACAAUUAUUCAGACAAGGCAUGACAUCUUAGGUAGAUCCAAGGGGAUGAAGAUAAUCAUUUUUUUUAAAUCACAUUUUUUUUCCCCUACAUGACUCAACAGCAAAGAACAUUUCGGUGUACCGAGGCCAAUUGAUAGAGAAGUCUGCAAAAGUUCAAAUGCAGCUCUAAUUGUUAAUUUACCUGGGGCACUAAGACUUGCAGGAAGCUCCCUGGCAACCUUUUCUUUAAAGAUCUGAUCUUACUUUCUGUGCUGUUGAAACUGCUGUUUAUUCAGAGUGACUCAUGUUGAAAUGCAUCUGUGCUAUUUCUUUAUGAAACAGACUGUACAAUCAAUGACACUGUCUACACUUGCUACCUUCUGCCUAACCCACUGAAAUCAUCAUGCAAGGCUGAGUUAACAUUGUGUAUAUAAGGAAAUAUAAGCAGUUUUGAAUGGCCUUCAUAUGAGUGUCUGUUGCAGUAGCUGUAAAUAGUACAGAAGAUGUAUAAUUUUAGUUGAAUGCAUUGACAUCACAGAAAGUGAAGGAAUGUCUUAGCUUUCUACAUAAUAAAUGUUGUUCAUGGUGGUAAAUGAAUAUAUUACUACAUAUUAAUGGUUCUUGGUUCUGAACUUUAGGGAUUAAGUUAUAAUUAAGCUUCAUGAAGUGUACUGAAGAAUAAGGGUUUGCUUAUAUUCAUUAAGACCAUUGUGUAGUUACUCUUUUAAUAAAAGAAAUGUGCAAAGCAA